AUUGAAGUGAAAGUGAGAGACUUAUUCCCAAUUUUAUUGGCUUGGUUCGGAGUCCGCUGCUGCAGCUGCAUUAUUGGAGCAAUUAAGUCUCCCUUGUUACAAUGUACGUCUGGCAUAAGCUCCUUAAUGCUGGCUGGAAGCCAAAUGAGAGAACAGUGAUGUACACGUACAUACAGUGACACCCCCUCAUGUACCAAACCCUGGCAGUAUCACAAAGAAAAGAAAAAAAUCAUUCAGGUCUGCUACACGUUAACACACAGGUAUGUACGUGGGAGCUAUAAUGCACUAAUUCCUUCACGGCGUCGCGCGCCGCACACACACAUCUGUGUCAGCCGAAAGCAGCAGCCCACUUUAAACCGCGGAUCGGAGCAUAUAUAACGACGCUCUCUAACGCCAAUUGAAGGGAAAACAUUUAAAGCAUAUGGUCGGCAACUGGAGCUGCCGCACGCCGAACUGUUAAUUUAGCGGUCGUAACAAUUGAUUGUCCUUUGGAGUGGAGUUGACAAUGAGAUUGGAGGCCUCUGAAUGAAAAGAGCGAAUGGGGGAAACGGACGUCGGAGCUUUUGUUGAUACGUAGGUUCUGUUGUUGGGUUAAGUACGCAGAGAGAGAGAGAGAGAGAGAGGAGCCUGAUUCAAACUGCAGUGUUUGGGAGUAUAAUUGCCGUUUGUAUUGCCGAUUUUUAUCGCGGGCGCAAUUUGACGUUCCGUGCUCUGGAGAGAGAACUCGACCAAAUGUGCCGGACCUACAGCGAUCUUAAUCUGUGUACAUAAACUCGGCCUGUGAAUUGCCAAAUGGGAUUUUUUUUCUUCUUCUUCUUCUUCGGGAAUUUGUCCGGUUGAUUUCUGCACACAGCAAGGGAUUUUUUUAUCAUUCCUUUUCUCUCGCUGCUGAGAUAUUUACCGACGAUUGUGUGCCGAGUAGUUGACAUGUUGACUCUUUUAUCUGCCGGUGGGUUGUGCAAAGGUUGACUUUGUUGCCGUGUGUCGAGGCUUGUUGCAGUGUGAAUAUCAUGACCAACGGACAAGGCCACGGUAUUGCCGUUAUGGAAAUUCAUCUUGUCAAUUCAGGUCCUCAGCCACGAGUCUGAAGUACAGACUGAAGCACCACUGAGAAGUCGCUCGGAUCACUGUCGCUUUUUUUUUUUUUUUGGUUUGGUUGGUUGUUCGCCGGUCCGUGACGGCGGGCGAUCGCUAUGUCGGCCAGCGAUGCGACCGAAGAGGCCGAGAUGCAACCUCUGAACCCGUCGGGCGCCAGCGGGGCAUCGGGCGCCACCGACAGCGGCACGGAGGAGAAGGCGGGCAACGUCACGCCGAGCCUGGAGACGGCGGACAUGCCGCUGGUGGUCCGGCCGACCCGGCAGCGCGUGGGGUUCCUGAUGGAAGAGGACGAAGACGACGAGCACAGCGAGCUGCGCAAGAAGGUCAAGCGGGAGUUUGCCAAGAUGAACGGACGCAGCAGCCACGAACGGCUUCAGCAGCAACGCAUGAGUCUACUAGGCAAACCGCUUGCGUACAGACAAUCCAAACGGGACGCCAAGUUCCGCAAAGUCCAGACAAGGAUCUACAACUUCUUGGAAAGACCUGCGGGAUGGCUUGCCAUCAUCUAUCACAUUUUUGUGUAAGUAGAAUUUUUUUCUCUCUCUCUUUUCUCUUCUAUUUGAACUUAUACAGCCCCUUUCUUUAAAUUUAUACCAUUAACUGUUUAUACUGUAAAUUUUAACCAAUAAGUGUGAAAUUUGUUAUGAAUCAUGCCCUUUUUUGCAGGUAGUGAAUAUAACCCAGGAUGCACAUUGUUAAAACAGCCCAAAAAAUAGCGAAUGGAGUUAGAACAAAAACCAGUUUUGAAGAGCAGCCCGUGAAAAAUAACAUUUCCCUUUGAAUGCAUAAUCAGCAGUAUUUCCACACAAAAAAGAUUGAUUAGGCCUAUGCAGUUUGAUUACUCCAUUCUCCAUUUUGAAGUUCUGUUAUGAUGAUUGUUAAUGACAGGCUUUCGUCUCUGACUACAGCGACACAUUUUCAUACUUGUUGAUAAAUGCACAUUUCUGGUGCACCAGAUCACAACAAAUACUUCAACUUUGCACCUUUCCGCCUUUGGUUCGAUAAAUGCCAUUGCGGGAAAAACUGCAGAUGUGCAUGCAGAAAUGGAAUGAAUGAAGCGCUGUGUGAUAGUGAAAACAAAAACAAUGAAUUGUAAUUGCGAUCCCCGUUGCUAU